UGAACAGCAGCAGAAGCAGCAACAGAUUGAGGAUGGUCAGACAUAUGUUCUCUAAUCUCCUACUUCUCUGGUCAGUCGGCUAUGACCUUUAUAUAACUGGACUGACACAUCACAAGCCCAAGGAGCAGUCCUGGAACAAUCAACAUCUCUAUUCUGUCCCUCUGGAUUUAGAUGUAAGGCUCAGAAGACUAGAUCUGUCCAAUAACUUCAUCACACAGUUGCACAGACUUGCUUUGCCUUACUUGGAACAGCUGGACCUGAGCGCCAACCAGCUGGAUCUCAUCUCCGAAGGAGCUUUUGAAAACCUGACUCAUCUUGAGGAGUUGAAUUUGUCCAGAAAUGCGCUGAACAACAACCUUGGCAGUAACUUCAAAGCCCUCCAAUCCAUCAGUGGACUGAAGAGUUUGGACAUAUCAAUGAAUGGUUUGAGAAAUGAUGCAGUGGGACUGUACCUUAGAAACAAACCAUCUCUUGGUCAACUUAAAAUGACUGGUAAUGCUUUAACAAGACUUUCACACAACUUGUUCAAAGAGAGUAAAGGUUUGAGGGCCAUUACUAUUGAUGACAAUCAAAUAUCGGUCAUAGAACGGGGGACAUUUGAACCAUUGAGCCAAUUAGAGAUGCUUGACUUGGCCAAAAAUAACCUUGCCCAUAUUUGUGAUUUUAAAUUAACUCAAGUUAAAUAUCUUAAUCUCAGUCAAAAUUCAGUUGAGUUCUUUGUUACACGUGACGAUGACCAGUUGUACCGGCUUGAAAUUCUUGAUCUAAGUCACAACAAUCUCCUUUAUUUCCCAAUUGUUCCAAAAAUAAACAGUUUGAGGUAUCUUUAUUUACAGAAUAAUAUGGUUGGUGCCCUAAAUUCAGAGGCAACAAUGGUAUCAGAGGCCAAUGAUCUAUAUAGUGAAAUUACACGUGAGAAAACAGUUAGAAGAAAUAUCCUACACUCAAACUGGAGGCUGAUGCCACUCAUUUAUAUUGACCUGAGCUAUAACCACUUCAGGUCUUUCCCAUUGGAGACUUUGAGUCGGCUCUUAUCUUUAGAAACACUGAAUUUCAGUUACAACUGUUUGCAAAACAUCACGUGGAAUAUAAGAAAUGAUGAAUCAGGACACCAUCGGCAGCUUUCUUUCCCCUCCUUAAGGUACCUAGACCUGCAGAGUAAUGGACUUAAAUACAUUUCUCCACUAUUUCUCAAAGCACUCACACAGAUAGAAACAUUAAAUCUACAAGACAAUUCUGUGCAACCUUGUGCCUCUAUGGAUCAAUCAACACAGCAAAACAAUCUCAACAUAUCCUGUGUUAUCUUUGGUAAUUUAAGGACCCUUAAAAACCUCAAUCUUCAAGAAAACAACAUCAAGAAUCUUCAAGAAAACACCUUUCUAAAAAACUCUUUGGUUUCUAUAAACCUUGCAAAAAAUGCACAUAUGGUUGUGCAGGAGGAUGCACUAAAUGGUUUACAAGAGACUCUUCAGUCUUUGAUAAUCAGUGAAACUAACAUGACCAGCUCUGAUCUGUCUUUACCCUGCAUGCCAGCGUUAACUCAGCUAAACAUAUCCAACAACCGUCUAGAUGUGAUACCCAGCAGUUUGAGCUGCUCUCCUCUGAGAGAAAUCGACAUUAGAAAUAAUAACUUUGCGUCUUUAAACCAUUCUUUGAUUCUUGCUUUAUCUCUGCAUCUUAAUGUUAUGUAUAUUAGCGGAAAUUAUUUUAAUUGUUGUGACAGUAAAUGGCUGAUAAUCCUAGAUGAGUUAAAGAUUAAAGUGCUUGAUGUCAAUGACACUGUAUGCUUUACAAGUGGUGGAAAUGUUACGGUGACAGGUUAUCUGAACAACCGUUCAGUGUACUGUUUGUUUCAUAUGAAAGAACAGGACAUUCACUUUGGAACAGUGAUCAUAAUCAUGUUGUUUGCAACUGUAAUAUUAACAGUGUUCAUUUUAUUCAUCAGGAAGGUGGUUUGCACACAGAGAUCAUUUAUAGUGUGAUAUUGUUAUGUAUUGGUUUAUUCUGUGUCAUAUGCACAGCAAACAAAAUAUAGUGAGAAACAGAAAUUAUGUAAAAAGGUUUAUUCCUGUGGGUUUCAUUUUGCCUGACCAAUUUGACUAUGAACAGAAGUGGGGUUUAAUGGCUGCUUGGACUGUUAAAACUAGCUGACAUUUAGUUAAUAAAAUGCAUUUAAAUCUUCAUUGUCUGACAUGAUUCUAUUCUCAACUCCAUUCAAGACUUCCUUUUAUGACUUCCCGCAAAUUAUUAGUCUUGUAAAACAUGCAUCAUGCAGCCAAAAUGUUGUGAUUAAAAUUGGCUUUAUUGACUCC